AUGUCCUCGUCCACCGCCCCGUCGAUUCAACCGCCAGCCAUGAACUCGUCCCACAAUCCCUCCAGACCUGCUGGUGCUAGACAUCUCGCACCGGCCUUGCACGCUGCGUCGCCUGCGCGCCGCGCCACCUCCGGGUCAGCAACCCAGACCGUCACCCCAGUCGAUUCGGCCUCGUCACGAUCAGCUUCACCCGAACCACUCAUCCUGCGUCUCCGCGGCGCACACGACGCGGCCCUGGCGGGGUCCAGCACAAACACGAGCCGAGGUCGCCGGCGACAAAUCACCUGGGCCGAAGACGUGGUGGACAACGAGGGCUUGGGCAGAAAAUCAAGCAAAGUGUGCUGCAUAUACCACAAACCGCGGGAGUUUGGCGAGAGCUCCAGCGAGGACGACAGCUCGAGUGACUCCUCGAGUGACAGCGACAGUGAUGCCGGUGGGAGUGACAGUCCCGACGACGGCGGUGCCAGAAUGAGCGGGAACCGCAGGGGGAGGAAACACGACCAUCGGCACGGCCAUCCCCACGACCAUGACCAUGACGACGGAUGUGAUCACGGGAAGGGCAAGGGGCGGAGAAAGCCCAGUCCCAAUGCGUAUGAGAGGAUGCCCAGAUAUCAGACGAAGCAUGAUACAAAGAAGAGAUAA